GUAUAAAAAAAACUAAAACAAAGGAAAAUCUGCCAUUGCCUCUUCCAGAGUACUAGUGCCUAGGCCUCUCGCCAAACCGUUGAUAACGAGGCAGAUAAACAAUGAUUAUGUUUUUUUCUGACGUAACGCAGCGCCAAAACAGCGUUUUGGUCAUCAAAAAUGAUGUUCAAAGGAACAUAUGAAGAAACGACGAUGGCAACGUGAAAAAAAUUGAGUUCAAAAGCUACCCAGCUUACUCAUCUUCAGUUUUGAAGAUCCAGAAGAGCUUUUCAUAGCUCUAAACGAUGUCUGUGGACUCUGUUGGAAGACGAGUUUCUCGCGGUGGCGGGCUUGUUGUUCGACCUCAAGCUAUCAGCGACAAGUCCUACGUGGAAAGUGUGGUGAGCUUUCUACAUGAUGUUGUACCGCAGGCUGUGACAGGGGGCCAGAAGCAGGAAGAUAAAGAGAGAGUGUUGUGGGUGAAGUUUGAGGAAGCAGACAUCAAUGAUAGCACACUUCACCAGGAGGAGAUUUCAUCUGGAGUGGCAUUGCCAUUAGUGUUGAUUCUUGGUUACAUCAAUGGAUUUCAUGUGUGGACCAUCCCAUCAACUGGCGAAGCUCAGGAGUUGUUAUCUCUUCGUCAGGGUCCUGUGAGGCUGGUGCGCUUGCUCAAGACCCCACUGGAAGCUGCAAAGUCAAAGGAUGAGCAUGCAGAUGCAAGACCUCUCUUUGCUGUAUGUGAUGCUGCAAGUCCCUCAUUGCCAUUCUCCACAGUCAAUCUGUGGUCACUCAGCACUGGUGAACAGGUUCAUUCCAUUGCUUUUAAGUCUGAGGUUUAUGAUGUGCUGUGUAACAGAAGGUUGAUGGUUAUAGCCCUACAAGAGAAGAUAGCAGCUUUUGAUGCAUGCACCUUUAAGAGUUGUUUCUGCAUCACUAGUUGUUACCCAGGCCCAAGCCCUAACCUCAAUCCAUUGGCACUGGGAACCAGAUGGCUGGCAUAUGCAGAUUGCAAGCUUGUACCUAACCAUCAAUCCUGUGGAGGAGUGUGUGGAGACAAUUCUCAAUCAUACACGGCCACAGUCAUCAAUGCAGCUAAGACACUAACCAGAGGCCUGACUAUGUUUGGAGAGACAGUUGGUCGGUGGACAGGAACAGAAGUCACACAUGAUUAUUCAACCCAGGUGGGCUCUAAGAAGUCUGUGAUUAGACCAGGAGUCGUCACGAUUAUAGACACACUGAAAAUUGGCAAUGGAGAGUUCUGUGUACAGGAGGACGACCAUGAGGGUUCUGGUAUAGUGGCCCAUUUUCCUGCCCAUGCUGGACAGCCCCUGUCUUGUAUGUCCUUUGACCCUAGUGGUUCUUUACUGUUGACUGCCGACGUUCUUGGAAACGACUUCCACGUGUAUCAUGUUCUUCCACACCCCAUAUGCCCUUCAUUAAGCGCUGUCCACCAUCUGUACACCCUCCACAGAGGGGACACGACUGCCACUGUUCAUGGAAUGUCGUUUUCGUUUGAUAGUCGAUGGGUGGCCGUCUCUACCGUACGUGGCACGGUACAUGUAUUUCCCAUCACUCCGUAUGGGGGUUCCAUAACAGUUCGUACCCACUCCUCCCGCCGCGUGGUCAACCGAAGCAGUCGGUUUCACACCAGCGCUGGAUUAGACGACCUGGAUCAAGCGACUACAUCAUCAGGUCGACACAGUCCCUGCAACGGCACAGGACCCAACCCCUCGUGCUCACCAAACGGAAGCCCACACAACUCCACAGCGGCACCAGUGGCAAGGGAAUCUUUGACUUUCGCUUCAACCAGCAAUAAUGGUUUAGCAAAUCCCCGCCUCCCUCCCCUGCCGCAUUCCUACCUGGUACAUCCCUUUGCGCAGAUAAGGACCCCUGAUGGCCCACGAUGCGGCGGACCUUGCUGCACUGGCUCGGCCCAGCACUCCAACAAGUGUAAUGGUCGAGUAGGACUGGAGUAUUCAAUGGGUGCGGCGAUGACGUUUGCCCCGUCUAGGGGAUGGUUAGGAGGAAGUCCCAACACCGCCAGAGCAGAACCUCUGAGGUCUUCAGCUGUUGACUCGCUCUUUGUACUGGACCUUCACGGCAGCUUGACUGAGUACGUGCUGGAACCACAGGGGGUUAAAACCGUGCCACAGAGUGAUGACACCCCCCUGGAGCUUAUCACUACAGCAAGAGCUCAGUGGACUCUGACGAGGUGCACAGCAUGGCCUGAAAGCAAGAGUCCCGUCAUCAAAGAUCUUUCUUUGUUGCUGGGGCGUCCAAAAGCGACCCCGAGUGAACUUGCAAAGCGCACCGAGAAACAAGGAAAGAAAAUUGGUAUGGACAGCGAAUCUCUCAUUACCUACACCCCAAAAGAGGAACCGCACGUCGACGGCAGCAAUUCCGACGACCAGUGGCUGGCGAACAUAGAUAUGGAGACCCACGCGGCGCCUCACCGCCGGCUCUGGAUGGGUCCUCAGUUCUCUUUCAAGACCUACCAACCGCCAGGCUCCUCAUCAGCUUCGUCCACCAACAGCUUGGGGGACUUCAAGUCUGGGGGCUCAGGUAGCGGGGCCACUAUUGCAGCUCACAGCAGGGACGGUCACCCAAUGGACUUCUACUCCGAAGAACUUGACUUGCAGAGCUUGAGGCUGCAGCCCGUCCGCUCCGAUCCAGUUCCCACCCCGUCCGGUCGGUUCGCGUUCACUGGGUGCGCAUCGCCAAAUUUAGGGGGGAGCAUGCCACUCAUCGUUGACAACGGCCCGGGAAGCUUAACAGAUCCUUGGCCAGGAAUGAACAACGAGAUGUUCGAAGAUAAGGAGGAACAACUGGUGGAAACAUUGGCCGAUGCCAUGAACGACAAUGCAACGCUACCAGUGAAAAAUGGCAAGAAACGAACCACUUCUAUUAACGGAGAAAACCAGUUCCAAUUUAAGUCGGAUUGUUUGGUGGGAGGGGUGAACGCGUUCGCCUCGUAUUCCCCCGCUGAAACAAGCCCCCUGUUCCCUCCCGAUUGGUCCUAAGCACUAGAGGACGAAUCGUCACUCUCUUACAUGACGUUUCAAAUGGAAGCUUCAACUCAUGCAAGGAACGGUAAUUUAUGAAUUUAUGGGUUAACAGCUGUUAGCUGGUCUUAAACUAAACAGAAAAAAAACUAAUAAAGUGAAAAUCAAAUAACUUACCUUAUUCCAUGAGAAAGUCUGGCAACGUUCUUCUCAAGGAGGUAAUCUCCUUUUCUUUCAAAAGCUAAAACAGCUAAAUUGGAAGAAUAUUUAGAAAAACUUUUGACAAGCUGCUUAAGUAUUGGUCGUUGAAAAGUGAGUCGAUUUAACAAAUCUUUUCCCACGCGGUAGUUAUUUAUAUUAGCACUGAAUAUUUGCUUUUGAAAUUGCAUUUUGCCUGGUGCAUCGCUUCGACAAGAAAUUACCGAUUUUUUUUAUGGUACUGCGCGAGAACACAUACCAUGGACACGUGGACUAGUUUCUAUAUUUCUACUAAAACCUUUCAGGCGAUGCUUUUUCUCGACAUAUUAUUGUAUGGGAUGUAAAGGUGAAUAAAUAAAAAAAUAAAAAUAUCAAAAUAUUGAAAAUGUAAAAAAAUGUAUAAAAUGCAAAAAGACUCAGGAUUCUGUCCACUCUGUAUAUGAACAGUACAGAUCUAUUUAUCAGCUGUAAAUUGAUGUAUAGUUUUCAGCCACAAGUCGAUUUUAUGGUUAGUUGCUGUUCCUCUGAUAUGACUAAGGUAUCUGAACAGUCAUUGUGUGAAUAGUGUUUAUAAAAAUCAAAGAACAAAUGAUCAAUCUGUAUUCUUAGGCCCUAUAAUGUUUAUAUCAAUCCAAGAGCAAUUGAUCAGUCUGUACUUAGAAUUGUAUAAUAAUGUUAAAAAGCUGCGGUCUCUCUUUCUAGUUGUAAAUAACAAGGGUUUUGUAAUCUUUUCACGCUGAAUUUUUGUGAAAUGACUGACAGUAAUUUCCUUGAAAUGGUUACAAAGGGUUAAUUUAUAAACCAGUUAUACAGUUACUGUAGAUAAAAGCAGAAUCCAAAAGAAAAAAAAAGAUUGUCUUUAUAUUUUUAAAUAUAUGCAUGGGUGAAGAAACAAUAAAACGUCAUGUGAAACUUGA